CUUUAAAAGCACCUUUGAGGCAGAUCAGUGUACGUACAAUGUAGAUGUUUCUAAGAAAGUGGAAUGUUAAGAUUAAACGGCAGCUAAAAGCGUUGUUUAUAGGAUGAACUGUACUUUAAAGCAAGGGUUAGUGGUAAAUAUGGUGGUUGUUCUUCCCAUUGAUUAAAAGAAAAUCUUUAAAACAGCUUAAUAACAAGUAACCUAUGUACCGACGAAAAACCGUAUGCCUACUGCAAUGGCAAUUAAUUUUCAGAUUUUACUGUACAUGUCCAAUAAAAUAUGUAAUAGGCUACUGUCGAGUUUGAAACAUCGGGAUCUAAAGCGGGAGGGUGAGAGUGGAGUUGGUUUAUGGACGUUUGCCGUGUAAUCACUAGCCUCUAGCAAAUCACACGCGGAAUCGCCAUCUGUUUUCUCGAGGCUAUGAUUCAAAUUUGGUCAAGAUCACCGAGAGAUAUCUGCCUUAGGAUUCUGCGUUGCCGGUUAACCGGUAAGAAUUGAAUAGAAAGAACAGUCUCAACGAUUGUGCAAGAUAGUCAGAGCCCGGAAAUUAGAGAUGGAACAUUUGGUGAAUUACUUGGGAAUGGCAAUAGUGGAUAUUACGUGUUUCCUGAUUUCUUAAUUUAUCUGGUGUGACCAGUCUGUUGUAAUGGUGGAUGGACGUUAAAGCUAACAAAUCUGUAUUGAACAAUACCGAUCAUUCUAAUUCAGGUUCGCCGUCAGUGCGGGUGCUCUAUUAGGCUAAACUGCAAAUGUAAAAAAUGUUGAACUUUUUGUGACCGUAGGUCCUAAAUUGGUGAUUCAGACAAUAAUGGUAAUAGUUUUCGGGAUUUUUUUUUACCCCCUCUAUAGUAGCUUCCUGUUUUUUUCUGGGAGAAUUAUCUGCCAUAGGAAAUCAAUGUUUGUAUUGACGCGAUACUCAUGUGAAAUUAAAGAAAUUUUAUUUGGUGUGAAAUCUUUCAUCCCAGCUACGUGUAUUUCUAUGGUUUUAGCGCAUUCUUUUACGGACCUUAUUUGUUUGCUUGAAACGGUGAUCCUUUAGCUUACUUGUAUUCAUUUUAGGUAGGCCUGGCUAUUAUUUUUACUUUUUUCGUUAGACGAUUGAAACACGUGCCAAUAGCUAACAUAACCUUGAGAAUACGAGCGAUCCCAUGUAGUUUUGUCUAUCGGUAUAGCACUUUGGGCCAAACGUGUAUAAUGUAAAUAUUGACAGGUCGCGGCCUAAACAUAUUCACGCGUAUUUUUUUAAAUGUAGUUUGAAAGAGAUUCAUUCCUCCAUAUUCUUAAACAGACUCCUGGUUUUUGACCGCUGCGGAUUGUAUAGUAUCUUCAAGCUGCAUCAGGACCAACUAAUUUUCUACGAAAAACGCGUUUUCUGUACACGGUAGCCUGGACACUCGCGCCAUACGCAAAGUUUGGCCUUGCCGAGCUGCCGUUGAAAUGGGAGACAACAUGUCAAAGAGAUUAAAGUUGGUAACGGGCUCUGAAUCAGAGAUGGAGGAACGGUCGUUUGUCAACCCUUUCCCUGACUGGGACCAAGGAAUCCUCGUAUCUUCAAAUUCAGGAGCGAACAGCAACAGCAAUGAUCCCUUUGAUUCAAAUGGGAAGUUCAGCGAAGCUUUCCAGAAGAAAGUACAAAAUAAAAUCAAAGAUCUUCUCCAGCAGAUGGAGGAGGGGCUGAAGACUGCAGACCCCCAUGAUUUCUCCACCUACACAGGCUGGACAGGAAUCUCCCUGCUGUACCUGCAGCUGCACAGGGUGAGCUAUGACAGCUCUCACCUGCAGCGUGCUCUCGACUAUGUUAAGCGCACUCUACGCAACCUGAACGGCCGCCGCAUCACAUUCCUGUGUGGAGAUGCCGGGCCGCUGGCCGUGGCUGCUGUCAUCCACCACCAUCUGAAGAACCAAGCUGAAUCCAAGGAGUGUGUCGCCAAGCUGCUGCAGCUCCAGCGUUCAGUCAUCAGUCAAGACACGGAGAUCCCAGACGAGCUCCUGUAUGGGCGGGCUGGCUACCUCUACGCCUUGCUCUAUGUCAACAAAGAGAUUGGCCCAGACACGGUGGAUGACGGCACCAUUGCCAAGGUGGUGACAGCCAUUUUGGAGUCAGGGAAGAAUCUGUCUAAAGAGGAGAAGAAGACGGAGCGAUGCCCACUGCUCUACGAGUGGCAUAAGAAGCAGUACGUUGGCGCAGCACACGGCCUGGCUGGCAUCUACUACAUGCUGCUGCAGCCCUUGGCCAAGGUGAAUCCUGACAUUCUGAGUGAGCUGGUUCGGCCCAGCAUAGACUACGUAAGGCACAAAAGAUUCCGCUCGGGCAAUUAUCCAUCAUCCCUCAGCAAUGACACCGACAGGCUGGUCCACUGGUGCCAUGGAGCACCAGGUAUAGUGCACAUGCUCAUUAUGGCCCAUAAGGUAUUUAAGGAUGAUAAGUACCUAAAGGAUGCAGUGGAGUGUGGAGAGGUGAUUUGGCAGAGGGGACUACUGCGGAAGGGCUAUGGCAUCUGCCACGGCACAGCCGGGAAUGCCUACACCUUCCUCUCACUCUACAAGCUAACCCAGGAGCCCAAAUACUUGUACCGCGCCUGCAAGUUUGCUGAGUGGUGUCUAGACUACGGAACUCACGGCUGCCGUAUUCCAGACCGACCGUAUUCCCUCUUUGAAGGUAUGGCUGGAGCAAUUCAUUUUCUCUCAGACCUGACCCAUCCUGAAGCUUCCUGCUUUCCGGCCUUUGAACUCUGACCUGUGCCUCUGGGUGCAGUGGCUUUUAGUUCACCUUCAUUUGGAGAGGUGUUUGGGAUACUCGAAGAUUGUGAGCUCUUACCAUGCCCUUCCGGUGUGCCAAUGGACAAAACCAGUGCAAUUAUCCCAGAACUCAAUACAGACGCAAAAAACACUUCCCACUUUCAGACUAUAACUUCAAACCUGCCGCCUUCAGUUCUACCCUUGUUGCUUUGAAGUCUUUAUCUUUUGCUGUGAUUUUUUUUUUUUAUGUAUCAUCAUGUAAAAAUGAUUAGUUCUUGUUCAUCAUUUUUUUUUUCUUUUCAAAGGUUUUCAUUACCUCUGCAUGCAUGUGUUCCAGUUCUACUGCAGUGCCUCGAUAGCCCCUGUAUUCGUCUCUGACCCUCUGUGGGCUUACUGUGUUUAAGCCCUGUCUUUGUUGUGUUUGCAUGGAGAUGGCUGAAUAUGUACCAGUGUAUGCGUGUGGGCAAACUAUUAAUGGAUGCAAAAAAAGUUAAGCACCCAAACCAAUGUGGGUGCUGCUGUGUUGAAGGUGUGCUAUUGCGAUUGAGAUCGGGAUGACUUUAUCAAAGACCAUGAGGAUAUUGAACUGAAUUUUUCUAGUAAAUAUUGCUUCCUCAGGCACACAGUGUUAUGAAUGUUGCAAUAAAUUUGGCUUCUUUGAACUGGAAUGAACUUGACUGGACUUGAAAUCUAUUACCAGGGCAUACUACAUAGAUUUCUACAAUCAACAAAACUGGCUUGUGUGUCAUUCUGAAUAAUAAUUUAAAUUUGAGAAUGAAUUAUUUAUUUCAGUUUUUUCUACAAAUGACAUAUGAUGGGUUUUAUGGGAAACUUUAUUCAUACAAAAUCAUAAUAGUAUCAAACUCUUGAUCAUUGUUUCUUAGAUGAUCACGUCUUAUGAUGUCAAGAAUUCCUGUUAUGUUCCGUUCAGUGUUACAAAAAAAUGUAUUUUUAAUGUGAUGUUCUCAGAAAAAACUGUCAAUGGGGCUUAGCUAGGAUUUUGCUAAAAGUAAUGGCUAAUGAACCGUUCAGACCUAAUCAUCACAGCAGUGCUGCAUGGAGCCUGACCUCAUGCUAUGCUUGGAGUCAAGUGCCUCUGUACCAUACUGCUAAUGUUUGCAUGCUUGCCCAGUUAACAGAUUAGUUGGAAACUGUAACACUUUUUUUUCCCUUUUUUGUCUUGUAAGGCAUGUAAAUCAUUAUACAUCAUUCAGGCUUACGUAACCUGUCUGAAUGUGCAAGCUGGGGAUAAUGUUAUUUAUUUGUACAAAGGUCACAGGACUGGUGUGGCAAUUAGGUAUAGUCUAAUUGUGCCCUCCUAUCACUAAAGCAUUAAAACUACCACUUUCUGGAGUUGUCAGGAGUUCUGGGCUCGGAGGCUGCUGCAAGUUGUGUGUGUGCAGUUAAAAUGAGUCAUUGAAGAUUGUUAGCCCAGGGAAACUCCAUAAAUGUGUAGGCUAAUGCUAAAACGUAAAUGCAGAAAACUGCUCACUGGUGGUAGUUUGUAAGAAUAGAAUUAAAUAAUUGAAAAGUGUUCCAGAAUGUAAAACAUUUUCAUGCAGAGUGAAUGAGCCUAAUGCAACCUAAAAUGGGUGGACCUUCUAGUACGGUUUAUGCUGAAUUAAAAUAUUUUAAGCUUUUUUCUAUCACAGUUUUUAAGUAUGUAUAAUUUAUAUUAGUUAUAUAUUACUUAUUCAUAAAUAAUCCUGUUAUUGCACUUAAACUGUAUACAAACAUACUUCUAAAUCAUACAAUGUAUGGGUUUUGCAUAUAUUUGGCCUCAGGAACAUUCGGUGUCCAGCAGUAGUUACCCAACAUUAGAGGGGCUCCAUGUUCCUUGGUACCGCUUUUCCAUGCAAUGCAUAAAGACAUACAAAUAUACUGGAACCAAAAAAACUGGUUGAUGGAGAAAUUCUGAAAACAUUUGGAUACAGCAUGCAAAAAUGCACAACAAACAGGUGUGUUUUGUAGGAAGCAUAAUCACUUUUGUACAGUGUUACAGUUGACAUCCCUGUGAAUGUCAGUCAUUAUUUUAAAAUAGUGUAUGUAGUUUGAUGUUUAAAUGUAUUCUGCAGAUAUAAAAAACAUAUCAGAGCACCCCAACAUGUACAAGCAGAUCCCAUGGAGAACUGUGUAUAGUUUGAGGUGCAAAAUGUGUGUAGUUUCCUUGUGCAAAAUGGUCUUUUGUGAUUUUUGCAUUGCAGCUUCAUCUUUAACAAUUUUGAAAAUGCUCCUUUCUGUCCUGGCAAGACUUAAAAUAUUAAAACUUUCAGAAUUUUAACAUCCCAAAGCUAAACGGGUCUUUCCUCUUACCGCAUGAUUAAGAAAAUAUCAUGCAGAUGUAGCCGCUUAGUUCAGUGACCAUUCCAUACAUUUAAUUAGCCUCAUUGCCAUGUUAAUUCUGUGGGGUAAAUUAAUUUUCACUGGAAGGAUAAGCAUGAGAGAAUCUAUGCCCAAAUAUACAAUGCAAUGUCCUCAAUGCAAUGUAAUGGUAACGUGAAAGGCCCUCGUUAAUGUUUAUGGCUAUCUGGUACAUAUGACUGAUUAAAAUCACACUGAAAGAAAGAAGCAUCUUAGUCCUAAUUGGAGGUAAUUUUAUUGUAUUAACUUUUUCUUUGCAUUAAAGAAUUACAGUGUAAAAGUUACUGACUUGUCAAUGACAGGUUACUAUAUACAACAUGAUGGUUAACAUUAAAAUUAUGUUGACAUGUG